UUAAAGGGACGUAACUACCUAACCACCGGUGUAAGUGAUUGUUGUCAACCAACGACGCGAUCACCUCGUUCUCAAUUAAUAUGGUUAUGUUAUAAUAUAUUAUUACAAUCGCCUUUAUUAAUAACCUGUAAGUGAUAUAUUUUAGCUGACAGCUCAAAGUUUCCAGAAUUGUUGUGUUUUUUAUCUUGUAAAUGCUGUCCUCGAUUUACAUAGAACACGCUAGAUCGUAGUGACGUGUCUAAGAAAGAUGUUCGAUCUUCUUGAAACCGGUACUUGUGGCCGGGUGGAAGUUAUUCCCGAACAAAAUCGAAAUGCAAACAGGGUCCCUCUACCCCUGAAAACCCUUCCAUUUGGCCUCCCCAAAAUUUUACCAACUUGGAAAAAAGAUCUAGAAAAAUAUGUUGAACAUCCAGAAAGUCUUCCAAUUCAUGAUUUCAAGAAGCAUCAAAAAUAUUGGCCCAGGACAAAACAUUCAGAGAACUUACUGGAAAUGGAUGUCACUCCAGUGCAGACAACCAUCACAGUUGAACGAAACCCAACAACAGGAAAACUUCUCGGUUACCAAGAGGAGUUACUCACAAACACCAUGUCUACAAUUAAGAAUUCUAUGUCAUUCAAAAGACCUCCAGGGCCACCAACACAGGAUGUCAGAGGUUGUGCCACAAACUAUCCAUUUUGGCCAGGUGGUAUGGAUAAAAUUCCAAGCUACAAAGGUCUAAUUGCCAAAGGAAAGUAUGACGUGAUAGACUUUGAAAAAAAUUUACUUUACAAUGCCCCUGGUCUCAAGGCUGGCAUGGAUUAUGAUGGCGAGGUACCUAAGGAAAUUCCAGCUGCCCCAGAAAUAUAUGUUGAAAAGGAAUCAGAUGAACCUGUCAUUCCUCUAGUUGAAGCACCAAGCACUACAGAAGAUACAGGAAAAGAAAAGGCUGCAUCACCACCUCCAAAAGAAGUUUCAGAUGAAAAUAAAGAACAACAGCCACCACCUGCUGAAGAUUCAAACAAAAUAGAAACAGCUAAACAGUAUUUGAAAUUAACCGAUCUCUUUGCACCAAGUGAUGACCUUCUAUCUGAUGACCAGUUUCAGUUCCGGAAACCAACAAAGGAACAUAUUGAGACUGAGACUGUUAAUACUAAAACAACCAAUAUAUCUAGAAGUGAAAGUUUAGAAGAGCUUGUGAAGGUGAAAGAAGAAAAACCAGAAACACCAGCAGCACCAAAACCUGAAGAAGAAAAAGAGGUUUGGGCUGUAAAUAUUGAUACCAAAACACCUGUAGAUGAUUUCUACAAAAGGAUACCAGUUAUGGCCUAUAAGUGGCCCUUUGAGCUGGAUAUCUUCCAAAAGCAAGCUAUACUGCGUCUUGAAAAUCACGAAAGUGUCUUUGUUGCUGCUCAUACAUCUGCUGGAAAAACUGUAAUUGCCGAAUAUGCCAUCGCCUCGUCACUGCGGCAUCUCACACGGACUGUAUAUACAUCUCCAAUUAAAGCACUGUCCAAUCAAAAGUUCCGUGACUUCAAGCAAAAAUUUGGUGAUGUGGGUCUCAUAACUGGAGAUGUCCAAUUGAACCAGACAGCAUCCUGCCUCAUCAUGACAACAGAAAUUCUAAGGUCAAUGUUGUACAAUGGUUCUGACAUUAUUCGAGAUUUGGAAUGGGUUAUUUUUGAUGAGGUUCAUUACAUUAAUGAUUCUGAGCGAGGUGUGGUUUGGGAAGAAGUACUUAUAAUGUUACCACAGACUGUAAACAUCAUCCUACUCAGUGCAACUGUCCCCAAUACUAUCGAGUUUGCUGGAUGGGUUGGGAAAACCAAGAAACGAAAGCUUUAUGUGAUCAGCACCUCAAAAAGGCCGGUACCUUUAGAGCAUUACCUGUACACAGGUAACAGCAGCAAAACAGCAAAUGAGCUUUUCACAGUUCUUGAUGCUAAAGGAGUAUUCCAAGAAACUGGAGUAACCCAAGCCAUUGCUGCAAAGAAAAAGCAACCAAGUACAGAAGCAAAAAGACCAAAUGCUAAUGUCACAGCAAAACAAGAAAAGAACGUAUGGUUGUCCGUGAUUGAUAUGUUGAAAAAGAAAGAUAAGUUACCUGUAGUUGCCUUCAUGUUCUCCCGGAAAAGAAUCGAUGCUAAUGCUGCUAAUUUGUUAAGUGUCGACCUGACGACGAGCUCAGAGAAGAGUGAAAUUCAUGUCUUCUACCAAAAGUGUGUUAUGAGACUGAAAGGGUCAGACAGGGAUCUGCCACAGGUCAAACAAAUGGAAGAACUUCUUAAGAGAGGUCUGGGUAUUCAUCACAGUGGAGUUUUGCCAAUCCUCAAAGAAGUGGUAGAGAUGUUAUUCCAAAGGAGUCUUGUUAAGAUAUUAUUUGCCACUGAAACAUUUGCUAUGGGGGUCAACAUGCCAGCUAGGACCGUACUAUUUGAUUCCAUCUCCAAACAUGAUGGUACGAAUUUCCGAAAUCUUUUGCCUGGUGAAUACAUCCAAAUGGCUGGUCGUGCCGGUCGCCGAGGGCUCGACACCACUGGGACUGUUAUCAUUAUGUGUAAAGCUGGUGUUCCACAGAAGGUAGAUCUCCAUCGAAUGAUGCUGACUCUCCUCUUCACAUCACCUGCCAGUAACAAAGUCUUAUCAAACGGACGUGUUGUCGUUAUUGAUAAGGCCGACCACCCAAACACUGCAGGCAUAGUAUUACAGAGCAUGAACAAUCUGAAGAACGAAAAACUCUAUGGCAUUCUAGUUCUUUGUGAGAAGAAUGACAAUGAGCCUCUACAAGAUUCCAAUCACAAUGCAACUGAAAAAGAAGAUGAAAAUAAAUCUUCAGAUCUUCGACCAAUGCUUCCAAAACCUUUGUUCCUGCCUGAAGGCCCUGCCUGGCACAAAUUACUGAAAGUCAGUGCAGAUGCUAUUGAUUACAUAACAAGCAAGACAAUUAAGAUUGACCCAGAGAAAAUUAUCAAUAAUAUAAAAAAAAGAAAUAUGCCAAGAUUCAGAGAUGAACCACCAAGUCAGUCUGUCAGUGUAGCUACCCAAGAACUGUUACGUCUGUCCGAAACUAAUCCAAAUGGCAUGACCAAAAUCAAUAUGAUUAAAGACCUAAACAUCAGAGAUAUUGAUCAAAUGGAGAAGUGCCGAAGCAUUCAAUAUUUAGAAACACAAAUAGCUCAAUAUAACUGUGUCAACUGUCCCCAUUUUAUGGAACAUUUCAAACAAGUCCAUACAAACCAAAUGAUGAAGAAGAAGUACAAGAAAUUAUCAUUCCUGGUAUCAGACGCAAGUCUGUCAUUGUUACCAGAAUACCAACAGAGAAUUGAAGUGUUAAAAAGCUUCAAGUACCUGAACCAGACAUGUACAGUUCAACUAAAAGGACGUGUGGCUUGUGAAAUUAGUAACCAUGAGCUGAUGAUUACUGAACUAAUCCUCAACAACAUCUUCACACAACUUCAACCGGCUGAGAUUGCAGCAACCUUGUCCUGUGUUGUAUUCGAAGUGAAACAUUGCAGCAAACCUGAAUUGACUUCUGUACUCAAAAAGUGCCGGAAACAAGUUUUGGAUAUUGCAGCCAGUAUAGCAGAGAAGCAGAAAGAAUUUGGUAUAACUAUCUCAGUUGAAGAAUAUCAAGAGUCAUUCCAUUUUGGUUUAAUGGAAGUAGUCUAUGAGUGGGCUCGUGGUAUGCCUUUCUCUGAUAUUACCGAACUCACCGACGUACAGGAAGGUAUCAUAGUGCGCUGUAUCCAACGUUUAAACGAAGUCCUCAUGGACGUUCGAAAUGCAGCAAGACUUAUUGGAGACCCAGUUUUAUGCCAGAAGAUGGAAGAAGCUUCAACUUUAAUCAAACGUGACAUUGUCUUUACAGCCAGUCUCUACACACAAGAAUGAAUAAAGUUACAGAAACAAAGAGUAAAAGCUUGAUCUACAAUUAUUUUGAAAUCUGACUAUUAUUAUUAUUAUUAUUAUUUUAUUUUAUUUUUCAUUGGAAGAAAUAAACUAUAUGUUGCUAA